AGGAGAACAAAGUAAACAGGCUCUGCUUAGUCAGGAGAGUGACAGAAGAUGGAUCUCAAACAUCAGUGUGUGAAACUAAAUGAUGGUCAUUUCAUUCCUGUCCUGGGAUUUGGAACUUAUGCACCACAAGAGGUACCUAAGAGUGACGCUGAGGAGGCAACCAAACUAGCUAUUGAUGCUGGGUUUCGUCAUAUUGAUUCAGCUUAUCUGUACGAAAAUGAAGACAAAGUUGGACAAGCCAUCCGAAGCAAGAUUGCUGAUGGCAUUGUGAAGAGAGAAGACAUAUUCUACACUUCAAAGCUCUGGGUCACUUUCCUUCGACCAGAGUUGGUUCGGCCAGGCUUGGAAAAGUCACUGAAAAAACUUCAGCUGGACUAUGUCGAUCUCUACAUUAUUCAUAACCCAAUGGCUCUGAAGCCUGGAGAGGAGCUGCUACCAAAAGAUGAACAUGGGAAACUAAUAUUUGACACUGUGGAUCUCUGUGCCACAUGGGAGGCCUUGGAGAAGUGUAAGGAUGCAGGGUUGGCCAAGUCCAUUGGAGUGUCCAACUUUAACCGCAGGCAGCUAGAGAUGAUCCUGAACAAGCCAGGGCUCAAGUACAAGCCAGUCUGCAACCAGGUGGAAUGUCACCCUUAUCUCAACCAGAGCAAAUUGCUGAAUUUCUGCAAGUCGAAAGAUAUUGUUCUGGUUGCCUACAGUGCUCUGGGAUCCCACCGAGACAAAAAGUGGGUGGACCAGAGCUCCCCCAUUCUCUUGGAUGAUCCAGUUCUUGGUGCCCUGGCUAAAAAGCACAAGCGGACCCCAGCAUUGAUUGCCCUUCGCUAUCAGCUACAGCGUGGGGUCGUGGUCCUGGCCAAGAGUUACAAUGAGAAGAGGAUCAAAGAGAACAUGCAGGUUUUUGAAUUCCAGUUGACUUCAGAAGACAUGAAGGUCCUAGACAACCUAAACAGAAAUUUUCGCUAUGUUACCUUUGACACUGUUAUUGACCACCCGAAUUAUCCCUUUUCUGACGAGUAUUAAUGAGGUGGCCUUUGUCAUGACUUCUUCCAGAAGGCCCUGCUUGUGGAUAGGAUGCAGAAAACAUCUCAGAUGCUGGUGAUGAGAGACAGCACCUCUGCUUAAAUCCAUGCUGCUUAGCAACUCACACUCAGCCAGAGAUGUGUCCAUAGGUCAUCAAGGAAAGGCACUAUUUUUGUCAUUUUGGAAAAAACAAUAAAGCUUUUUUUUUUCCUGCAUAAAUAGUCUU